AUGUCGUCGGUCAAAGCCACAAAGAAGAGCGCUUUCUCUUGUGAGCCAUGCCGUAGACGCAAGGUCAACACAAUCACCGCUUCACCUAUAAUACUAAACCCGACUCUGUCUUACACCCAACGCCUUGAGGAACGCAUCAAAGAAUUGGAAGACCAACUCGCUGCUAUCAAAUCUCCUCCCUCAGUGGCUGCCUCCAAUCAUUCGAGUCCUGGGGUCUGGAACGGCCAUGACUCAAAUCGCCAUGCGGACGAGCAUGCAAUGACGAGGAGCUUCAUGGGUCUCAAGAUCGACGACAAGGGUGGCAUUACUUACCAUGGACCGACUAGUCUCUUCAAUCUUCCCAGUGACCCUCACAAGCAUAAGCCAGACUCGAUAUCAUCCAUUGACUCAGAUGCUCAUAGGAGAGAGCGAUUGGUCAACAAUGCAUGGCAUCAGCGAGCGAUGGAAAACCUGUCUGAUAUUCCAGAACCAUUCCAAUACCUUCUGAACGUACAUUGGUGCUGGAUUCAGCCUCUUUUCAACUUUAUCUAUAGGCCUGCAUUCACUCGUGACAUGCAAUCCAUGGGACCGUACUAUUCUCACACUCUUUUGAAUGCUAUGCUCUCACAUUCCAUCCGCUGGGGUAAAAGUGAUCCCUCCACCAAACAACUGCUGGAUCAGUCUUAUGAUGGAGGAGCAGUCUUUGCAAAACACGCCCGAAGCAUGCUUUUCGACGAACUAAGUAGAGGUGUUUGCACUAUCCCAACUGUUCAGACAUUACUACUUCUCAGUGCAGGGGAGUGUGGCCAUGGCAACACGACACAGGCUUGGAUUUAUAGUGGAAUAGCGUUUCGUCUCAUCGAUCAUUUGGGCAUUUGUGUUGAUGGACAGAGAUAUCCAGGAUCCGUCCAUUUGACUGACGAAGAAGUCGAGAUUCGACAUCGACUUUACUGGAGUUGCUAUUUCUGGGAUAAGAUCAUCAGCCUAUACCUCGGUCGUUCGCCUUCACUGCAACAUACACAGGUGUCUCCGCCCCAGAUCAUCAUGGACGACUCGGCUGAGAAUGAGCUCUGGGUACCCUUCGACUCUCCUCAUGGCUCAGAUUGGAAGUAUCCUCCUGCGACAGCUCACUCAACUUCCUGUUUCAUGAGUGCUUGCCGAUUAUCAGUCAUUUUCAAUGAGAUCCUCAUUCACAUGUAUGAUCCAUUACUGGAGAAUACCGAGGCAGAGAUGCAAGAGUGUCUCCAGACUCAAGACCCUGCCAUGAGACUAUGGUGGGAACAACUCCCUCCUCAUCUCAAGAUCGAGCUCUCCGCCAUGCCUGAGCUGGCACCUCCAUCACACAUUGUCACCAUGAAGCCGAUGCUCAGCUGGCAGGUCUAUCCAGAGGAUGAAGGCCCUCAUCCAAUGCAAAACCAUCUUGUGGAAUGCGUCACAUCUGCGACAUCUAUUAUAGCCAUCUUCGAUCUUUUCUGCAGAACAUUUACCAUCAGCCACUGCGUUCUAUCGCUCUCAUACAGUGUGUAUAUCGCGGCCACAAUUUUCCUCUUGCAGGUUCAAGCUACGCCUGAGGACCAACAAGCAGUUCGCAAGCUGAGCUUCUGCGUACGAGCCUUGCAUCAGGCCAAAACUGUUAAUCCAGUCAUCUCAAGUGCUUUGGAUCUGAUCACCCGAGAGAUGGCGAAUCUUGGGCUUGAUCCAGGAUUUAGUACGCCACAACAACAGCCUCCUCCGCCUAUGCCUCAGCCUAUGCCAGAUGUUCCGAUGCCUACAGACAUACCGAUUACCGAGACUAUUUACCCAGCUUCAUUUGAUAUACCCGCACAGCAAUCACCUUACGAGCCGGAGCAGCUGUUUCAGACGCCGUGGGCCGACAAUAUGAAUCCGAAUGCAAUGGCCGUUGACCGAGGAGUUUUCGAGGCUUUAUCCUCGUUUGAGCCCCUGAGUGUACGGGUGGGCGCUAUCUACGAGUCAGGAAACAACCCUCAGAAUUUCGGUUGA